AUUAUAGAAAUGGGUGCGAGGGGAUUCCGCGAUAUAAACAUGACUAUCCUAACCAACCAAACGGCUAAUAUCAACAGCUCACUCUUGACACCUCUCUCUCAUCAACUGUUGUGAGCAGCUCGAUCAAUCCAAUGGCGUCGGCCUUCAGAGCCCUCGACUGCGCCUCCAGAUCCGACAUCGAGGCGGCCGGGGUUCUCCCCGGGGCGGCGGAGAGGCUCCACGACGAGCUCAAGAAGAUUAUACGUGAUCACGGCCCUGCCUCCCCCGCCACCUGGCGGAGCAUCUCGGCUGGCCUCCUCGACCCGGAGCUCCCCUUCGCCUUCCACCAGAUGAUGUUCUACGGCUGCUUCAAGGACUUCGGCCCCGACCCACCUGCCUGGACACCUGAUCCAGAGGCUGCAGCCUUGACAAAUGUUGGAAAGCUACUAGAGAACAGAGGAGAGGAGUUUCUCGGUUCUGUAUACAGGGAUCCUAUAAGCAGCUUCUCGGAUUUCCAAAAAUUUUCUGUAUCAAACCCUGAGGUUUAUUGGAGAACCAUAUUUGAAGAACUGAGGGUGUUGUUCUCAGUGCCUCCUCAAUGUAUAUUGCGUGACCACCCCAAUGUAGAGAGCCACCCAGGGGGUCAAUGGCUUCCUGGAGCAUUUCUGAAUCCUGCAGAGAUUUGCUUGGCAGUAAAUGAUAGGAGGGGUUUGAAUGAUACUGCAAUUUUAUGGCGCGAUGAAGGCGCUGAUGAGCUGCCUCCAAACAGAAUGACUUUCAAGGAAUUGCGCGAAGAGGUUUGGUUGGUUGCGUAUGCACUCAAGGAAAUGGGAUUGGCUGAAGAAUCUGCAAUUGCAAUUGAUAUGCCAAUGAAUGUUAAUUCUGUGAUUAUCUACCUGGCCAUUGUUCUUGCUGGCUAUGCAGUUGUAUCAAUUGCUGAUAGUUUUGCACCUAGUGAAAUAUCUACGAGGCUGACUAUAUCAAAGGCAAAAGCAAUAUUUACUCAGGAUUCGAUAAUACGUGGAGGAAAAAGUAUACCAUUGUAUAGUAGAGUAGUUGAUGCUCAGUCACCAAAGGCUGUGGUUAUUCCUGCUAAAGGUUCAAGUUUUAGCAUGAAAUUGCGUGAUGGUGACAUUUCUUGGCAUGAUUUUCGAGAAAGAGUCAAGCAGUGCAAAGGUGUAUUUCCAGCUGUACAGAUGCCCGUAGAAGCAUGCACUAAUAUUCUCUUCUCAUCUGGGACUACUGGUGAGCCAAAGGCCAUUCCAUGGACCUGUGCAACUCCUCUCAGGGCUGCUGCAGAUGCAUGGUGCCAUAUGGAUGUACGCAAAGGAGAUGUUGUUGCUUGGCCUACCAACCUUGGGUGGAUGAUGGGUCCUUGGCUCGUGUAUGCUUCUCUCCUCAAUGGAGCUGCUAUGGCACUAUAUAAUGGAUCUCCCGUGACUUCUGAUUUUGCAAAGUUCAUACAGGAUGCUAGAGUCACAAUGCUCGGAGUCAUUCCAAGCAUUGUUCGGACAUGGAAAAUUACUAACUGCACAUCUGGCUAUGAUUGGUCAGCUAUUCGCUGCUUUGGCUCCACUGGUGAAGCAUCUAAUGUCGACGAAUAUCUGUGGUUGAUGGGAAGAGCUCGAUACAAGCCCGUUAUAGAGUACUGUGGGGGUACAGAGAUUGGCGGUGGAUUUAUCACUGGCUCUUUAUUGCAGCCGCAGUCGUUGGCUGCUUUCAGUACACCUGCCAUGGGAUGUAGCUUGUUUAUCCUCGACAAUAAUGGUCAUCCUUUUCCGCAAGAUGCACCAGGGAUGGGGGAACUGGCGCUUUAUCCUGUGAUGUUUGGAUCGUCAAGUACACUUCUCAAUGCUAACCAUUAUGAUGUCUACUUCAAAGGAAUGCCCGUUUGGAAUGGAAAAGUUUUACGGAGACAUGGUGAUUUUUUUGAGCGAACUUCCAGAGGAUACUACCGUGCACAUGGCCGGGCUGACGACACAAUGAAUCUCGGGGGCAUAAAGGUGAGUUCUGUUGAGAUUGAGAGGAUAUGCAACUCAGUCGAUGAGAAUGUUCUCGAAACAGCUGCCAUUGGAGUGCCCCCCCCAGAAGGCGGGCCUGAGCAGCUGGUUAUUGCUGUUGUAUUCAAGGACUCAGACAACUCAUCCCUUGACUUGAAUCAACUGAGGAUAAUUUUCAAUUCAGCAUUGCAAAAGAAGCUCAAUCCUCUCUUUCGGGUUUCUUCUGUUGUGACCCUCCCUUCUCUUCCCAGGACGGCAUCGAACAAGGUCAUGAGAAGGAUCUUGAGGCAGCAGCUUUCGCAGCUCGACCAGAAGCCAAAGCUUUGACAGGUCGUCCCUUUCUCAUCAUAUACCUGUAGAGGCGUUCCCACCAUUGUUGUAUCUUGUAGUUGAUCUAGUCGUUAUGCGAAUGAAAACCAAUGAGUCUUCCCGAUCUCAUGUUCAAUAAGUAUACAUGCAUCGUGUAUGAAUACAAAUGCAAGUUCAGCCAUUGCAUUGUGUAGGAAUUGGGGCCAUUGCCAAUACAUGCUUGGUUUAUACAAUGUAUACCCGUCUUGAGUGAUGAUCCCUCAUUCCCCUGCUCCAGCAUAAGUGCAUUCAGGAAAAGCCAUAUUCGUGUUUAUACAACUGCGGCUGAGUUCGUGAAA